AGUCCUUUCGAGUCGACCUUGCAAACCAUCCAUCCCCUCGUUUAAUCUCGUGCUCGGUGUCAACAAGCUGAGCCGACUUCUGUUUAGCCUCGCAUCGAGCAUGCUCUCGCAUCCCCGAUGCUACCUGUCUCUUGCUUAAUAUAAUCCAUUGCUGUAUCCCUACAGCUGUCCUCUCCCUUAGUGUCCUUUCGUCGUUUAUUUAGCGAUUCUUAAUCCAGUACUUCUCCAUUGUUCGCCAUGAUGAUAUCACGACGGAGCUAUCUGCUUCCCACUAUCAUUCUCCUGUGCAUCACAUACGCCCUUUUCUCGAACCUCCCGCCCGGUGCGGAGCCACCCAAUGCCCACAAUCACCUAUACCAACAGUAUGCGACCGACCCUCCUCCACCCAAAGAAGGUAGGACUCGUUGGCGCAAGCAUGUCGAACAAUACCCAAUCUCCGAUUAUAUACCCCUUCCCACGUCUGCGACGUCCCCCAUCCCACGGAUUCAGUAUGACUUCCCUAGGGAGUCGUGGUUCGCGCGAUGGGGAAGAGUGAAGCGACAGCGUGCGGUCAAGAAAGCAUUUCAACAUGCAUGGAAAGGAUACAAGGACAAUGCCUGGCUAGAGGAUGAACUCUCACCCUUGACCGGUGGCCAUCGCGAGACAUUUGCGGGUUGGGCUGCUACUCUAGUCGAUUCCUUGGAUACGCUCGUUAUCAUGGGCCUUAUGGACGAGUUUGAGGAGGCUGUGGAAGCAGUUGAAUUCAUUGAUUUCACGACCACUAAUGCCAUCCAAAUCAAUAUCUUCGAGACCAACAUCCGUUACUUGGGAGGGCUUCUUGGUGCCUACGAUUUGACCCAUGGUAGAUAUCCGGUCCUCUUGAAAAAGGCAGUUGAAAUCGCCGACAUGAUCUAUGGAUCUUUCGACACACGUAACCGAAUGCCCCAGUCGCGGUGGGAAUGGACCAGAUCUGCUGGAGGUCUGAAAAUUGAACCAGGCCGAAACACCAUACUUGCUGAACUCGGGUCCUUGAACCUGGAAUUCACGCGGCUGUCUCAGCUGACAAAUGACCCCAAAUACUUUGAUGCUAUUCAGAGGAUCACCGACUUCCUCGAAGAAUCCCAGGAAAAGACCAACGUCCCUGGGAUGUGGCCCCUGAUGGUAAAUGCCAAGGACCUGGAAUUUGCCGACCCCCGAUUCACCAUCGGAGGAAUGGCUGACUCGACAUACGAGUACCUCCCCAAGGAGCACAUGCUGCUAGGAGGACAAACAAGCCAGUACCGUAAAAUGUACAACUCCUUCAUGAAGGCAUUGAAAAGCCACUUGCUUUUCCGCCCUAAGACACUGGACGGCCGAGACAUCCUCUUUGCCGGAAACAUGCGCGUCUCCGAACCCUCCAACGGAAAGGAAACCCUAGAACCACAAUGGGAACAUCUCAAAUGCUACCUGGGAGGCACCGUCGGCAUCGGCGCUAAGGUCUUCGACCGUCCCGAAGAACUAUCCAUCGCACGAAAGCUCGUCGACGGCUGCAUCUGGGCCUACGACGUCAUGCCAACCGGCAUCAUGCCCGAAGUCCUACAUCUCACCGUAUGCAAAAACCGGGAAAACUGCAAAUUAUCCAAAAGUGCCCGUACGGGCAAAACGACCUCCGACGGGAAAAAGCUACCACCAGGCGUAGCUGAUAUUCCAGACGCCAAGUAUCUACUCCGACCCGAAGCCAUCGAAUCCGUCUUCAUCAUGUACCGCUUAACCGGAGACACAUUACUGCAAGAUGCCGCAUGGCGGAUGUUCCAAAAUAUCGAGAGAAUGACCCGUACCUCGUACGGACAUGCCGCCAUCUCCGAUGUUCGGGAUCCUGAGUCCCCGCAAAUGGAUUAUAUGGAGAGUUUCUGGUUGGCGGAGACGCUGAAAUACUUCUAUCUUAUCUUUUCGGAGCCGGAUCUGGUGAAUCUGGAUAAAUAUGUUCUGAAUACGGAAGCACAUCCGUUUAAGCGUCCGACUGCUGCGAGUCAAUAAUGCCGUUAGGGUUUGGGUUUAUUGUUGUUGUAUAUAGUGCGCACAGGGCCUAUGCAUUCCGUGUGGGAGUUAGUGUUUCAGUCUUUAAUAUGGUCAUCCGAUACCCUACCGUAAUGACCGUCCGCCUAGUCCCCUGUA